UAACAUCCCAAAAGAACCGAAGAAUUUCCAGGAUGACUCAUACUGUGGAAAACAGUAGCCACUUAACAUGGAACAUUGAGAGGUCAGUAGUCUGCGUAAUACUGAGCUUGUCAUUUGUUAUUGGGACCCCUGGAAACUGCAUUGUCAUCUGGACUGUUUGCACAAAAAUGAAGCAAAUACCUCCUUCAGUCCUGCUGAUCUUGAACCUGGCCAUUGCAGACAUUCUAGUACUGAUUACUCUGCCAAUCUGGAUUUACUCCUUUGCCGACUCCUGGGUUUUUGGAACCACCUUCUGCAAAAUACUGGUUUUUGUAAUUUACUGCAGCAUGUAUGCUAGCAUAUUUCUGAUUACUGCGCUGAGUUUGGAGAGAUUGAUGGCUGUGUUUUACCCAUUCACAAUUCAGAGAUAUAAGACAAAAGAAAAGAUUUUUGUCAUCAUGUUCCUUAUUUGGUUCCUCUCUAUUACUUUUGGAGUUUCUGUCAUUCCAUUUCAAGAGACAGAAGAAUUGGGUGGUGGACUACAAUGCACAUGUCGCAACUAUUCUUCUAAUAGACAGAAAGUAUCCUAUCUUUUGCUAGAGACUCUUGCAGGUUUUGUAAUUCCUUUUUUUAUAAUUUGCACUUGUUAUGUGUGUGUUGUAAAGAGAAUAAGCAAAAUGACUUACCAAUCAAAGCGUCGAUCAGAAUGGUUAAUUGCCAGUGUGGUUGUAGCGUUCAUUUUGUGUUGGCUCCCACAUCAUCUCUUCAACAUCCUAGAGAUUAUUUCAGUACAGAUAGAAAACUCUAACAAAGAAAUGUCUUUGGCACUGGAUGAAGUUUUAAACCUAGGCGUGUACAUCUCUGGAGCACUCGUAUUCAUCAGUAGCUGUAUUAACCCUCUGCUUUAUGCCUUUGCUGCACGAAAAUUCCAGAACCAUCUGAGAUUUGCCAAGAUAUCAAAGCUGUUUGAGCAGAUAAGUCAGACCGUAACUGAAGAUGACAAGAAAAAGAACUCUGUUGUAAUCCAGCAAGAAAGUACUGCAAGAAGCACAGAGACUCUUUAACAUGGAUCGUAUACCAAGUAAAUAAUGGGAUUGUGGGGCAUUCC